ACCUAGUCAGAAUUCGAAAAGGAAUCUGCUGAAUAAAACCUAAAAGACUUUUACAGAUGUUAAAUUCAUAAAUACACCAAACAUAAUUACCACAAACAAACAAACCAAUAAAAUAACAAACUUGAACAACAGGGAAAAUGAGGAGCAAUGCUGCUAUAGUUGGAGCAGUCAUGCUUUGCAUGGUUUUGACAAUAUCGCCACAUUUGGCCCUAGCAGACAAUGUUAACUCAAAAAAUGACAACACAGACGCCUGGGUCAUGGAAUGUGGAAAAUCUAAAACUGAGUGUGAUUUAAGGAAUAGUUUCUGUGAAGAAAAGAUGGACAAGUGUAGCAGUUGUCCAGAUUUUUGUGAGGAAUGGCGAAUAAAGGGAAACAUAAGACUACAGCAACAGUGUUAUCAAAUAUGCUCAGUGUGGAUGUAUUUGAAUCAGGAAAGGAAAAUUCAGGAAUCACAAAUGUCUUUCUCAGAGAUGCUACACUAUGCCACCCAGAUGAGUACAAUACUAUUAACAGUAAUGGCGAUUGUGGCAUGUUUUGUGAUCACACUGUACUUUAUAAACAAGAGAAAUCAAGAAAAUGAACAAAUGAGAUGUGAACAAAGAUUGCUUACAGAAAAGGGUGAAAAGCCACAACUGGCAACUGUAGAAUUGCACAAUAUCACACUUGAAGAUGAAGUGCCUUAUACCACACAGCACCAUCAACAUGGUACAUCUAGAGAACCUUUGCUGCCACAGCAGUGCGCUUCAUCAACAAAUCAAUCAACAACAAGUGUAAAUUCCAGUGAACCAGAGACUACCCUUAAACAGUCACCAAAUCCUAGAGAAGACUCUCAAAACUUACAACAAUAAACAUAUACAGACAAAACCAUUUAUAGAUAUAACAUCUCAGCAAAGGCCCUGAUCAAAACAAUUACAUUUGCCUCGGAAAAAUCCCAAUAUUCUGAACUUCAUAUGGGAUAAUCUCAACAUAUCAAAUGAUGUAUUUUAUAUACAGCACAUUAGUUUGUAACAUACAUGUGUAUAGCUAGUGCAAGAUGUGUUUAAGCCCAGAAUGAUUUAAUGCACCCAUGUCUUAUAUCCCAGACUUUGCAUUCGGGCUGCUAUUCUCAUUCCAAGUCUUGAUACAAGACAUACAGCAUAUGUGGUUUAAAUUAUCUACAAUUCAUUAAGUCUUGUGCUUAUUUGUUUUCACACAUUGCAAAUUUUGUACAGAAUCACUCAA